AUGCCGACGCCUGCUCUUUCCGGGACAGCCCUCCUCAACCUAGGACCCCUUACAACAAUAUGGACAGCCCCAGCAUCAUGCGCAACCUCAACCCCAACCCCGGCGCUAGCUCGCAAAUUUGAUCCGGGCGUGGCAUACUGGCAACAAACCUGCGAAGUCGACCGCGACCCAUACGACGACUGCAUCCCCUCCGGCGAUGCCAUGAACUCAGAAUACCACUCACGCCGGACCUCUACUGAGCGGUUCCUCUUCCAUUAUUCCCCGGGCAGCCAGUGUCCCUCCGGAUGGGUCACCGCAGGCUACGGUAUCCGCGAUGAGACAUCGUCGCAUUCUAUCGGAUUGGAAGUCCAAUUCGACCGCGGCAUACAGCCGACUGCGCAGGGGCUAAUUAGGGGCCCUAUUUACGAUUAUCGUAGCUAG